AUGAAUUAUGAGCUUCCUACUUCUCCUUCUUGUGCUGAUGCUGUGCCAGCCAGUCUCUGGGAAGCUUGUAUACCUUAUGAUACACUAAGAAUACCACGCUACAUUUUUAAUAUUCAAGUGGUCAACAAGGAUGCCUGGAUCUUGAGAAAUCUCACUCUUGGCUACAAUAUCCAUGACAACUAUGUGAGCACACUUGGGACAUCAGAUGCCUUGCUGGAUAUACUUUCUACCGGAGAAGCCAAUGUUCCUAACUACAGCUGUGGAAGGAAGGACAACCUUUUAGUUCUUCUUGAUGGAUCUAAAAAGGACAUCUCCAUCCAAAUGUCAACAUUAGGAAGCAUCUACAAAAUCCCACAGAUCAGUUUUCAAUUAUUUUCAGAGUCACUGAAUGAUAAAAGUCAAUUGCCUUUUUACCAUCGGCUUUUCCCCAAAAAAGAAUUCCUCUACCCAGCCUUUGUCCAAUUGCUUCUGCAUUUCAGAUGGACCUUGGUUGGUCUCUUUGCUUCAGACACUGAAAAUGGAGAUAAUUUUAUGAGGACUUUCACUCCUCUGCUUGUGAGGAAUGGAAUUUGUGUUGUUAUAUCACAGCAAUUCUCAACAACUGGACAUAUAGCUCCCCUCAGGGCUGCCCUCUCUAAGUGGAGGAUGAAGCUGUACUUUGACGAAAAUGGAGAUUUAGAAGCUGAUCUGGUCAUCAUUAGUUCAAUGGUUUUCCCCAAUAAGGAACUAAUGCCAGAGCAACUGGGGAGUUAUGAGAGAAAAAGACUUAUCAUCAACCCUGAUACUCUGUCUCGGCUAAAGCUCCUCAACAAGUCUCUGCCUCAAUCCAAAUGUGUAGAAAAUUGUCAUCCUGGUUUUGUCAAGAGAGCUCGGGAAGGGGAGCCAGUUUGCUGCUAUGACUGCGUUCCUUGUCCAAAAGGGACCAUCUCUACUCAGGAAGAUACAGAAAAAUGCACCAAAUGUCCAGAUGAUAAAUACCCAAAUGAAGACCGAGUUCAAUGUAUUCCCAAAAUCAUAACAUUCCUGUCUUAUGAAGACCAUCUGGGCAUCAUCCUGAUUUCUUUUGUCCUACUCUUCUUCCUAACUACAGUCUUUGUGUUGACCAUAUUCAUUAAAUACCUACAAACUCCCAUUGUCAAAGCCAACAACCGGGACCUCUCUUACAUCCUCCUUGUCUCCCUCCUGCUUUGCUUCUUGUCUCCUCUCCUCUUCAUUGGUCAACCAAGGAAUGCCACCUGUCUUCUCCAACAAAUGGUGUUUGGCAUCAUCUUCUCAGUUGCCAUUUCUUCUCUCUUGGCUAAGACAAUCACGGUGGUGCUGGCUUUCCUGGCCACAAAACCAGGAAACCGAGUGAAGAGAUGGUUGGGGAAGAGCUUGGCCAACUCCAUCAUCCUUUCUUGUUCUGCUGUCCAAGUUAUCAUUUGCUCCAUCUGGAUGGGAGUUUCUCCCCCAUUCCCUGACUCUGACCUCCACUCCCAGCCUGGAGAGAUCAUCCUGCAAUGCAAUGAAGGGUCUGUUGCCAUGUUCUACAUCACCCUCAGCUACCUGGGCAUCUUGGCUGCUAUCUGCUUCACAUUAGCUUUCCUAGCCAGGAAUCUCCCUGGGGCCUUCAAUGAAGCCAAGUUGAUCACCUUCAGCAUGCUGGUCUUCUGUAGUGUCUGGGUAAGUUUUGUGCCCACCUACUUGAGCAUCAAAGGAAAAUACAUGGUGGCUGUUCAGGUCUUCUCUAUAUUGUCAUCAAAUGCUGGUCUGCUGGUCUGCAUCUUCAUCCCCAAGUGCUACAUUAUCAUCCUGAGGCCAGACCUCAAUAUAAAGGAGCAUUUUACAUAUAGAAGAAAUGCAGAAGUGCACAUUUUGACUGAGGUAGAGACUAAGCAGAAAAAGAAAGAAUUUCCCCCCAAAGUAUGUUAA